AUGGCUGAAAAACGUCAAUGGAGUUUUAUUUUUGAGGCUUAUCAUUCCAAGUUUACCAAUGUAAGCAAUCAAGUGGGCAACAUGGCAGUUCUGCCGCUUCGGACAAAUUUUAAGGGACCUGCUCCAAAGUCAAACGAAGAUGAUGUAAUUGAUGAAGCAAUAUCGUUUUUCAAACCAAAUAUCUUUUUUCGCGAGUACGAAAUUAGGGGACCAGCCGAUCGUACGCUUAUUUAUUUGACUUUUUAUAUCACAGAAUGCCUUAAAAAGUUAACGAAGAGUCCGAACAAGACUCAGGGCCAAAAAGAUUUAGCCGCACUAGCACUUAGUCAACAUCUCCCAAUUCCCGGCGAAGCGAAUUUCCCAUUAAACGCGUUAUAUAAAGCCCCUGCAAACAAGAAUGAAGAAGAAAACAUGCGAGCAUAUCUUCAACAGCUUCGACAAGAAUUAGGUAAUCGAUUGGUGGAAAAAGUGUUUGAUGGAAAAACUGACAAGGCUUCGAAGAAUUUUUUUGACAUAGUCUUCAUAUGCUCUCCUUUA